AUGACUAACAAAGAUGAUGAUGAAGACUCCACAUGUAAUCCUCGCGUGGCUGCGUUGUUAGCUGUUCAUCUUGUAAGUCAAGUGUUAGACGAGGCUUUCAUUAUAGUAAAUGCAGCAAAAGAAUCAGGUGAACCAUGGAAAUACUCAUCAAGCUUAAAAAAAUUACGAAAUCAAUAUUUGUGUGACGAAUCACAUGAUACUAACUUGACUUUUACAGUGUCUCGUGGCGACAAUCGUUACAUUUAUGAAAAUGUAAAAAAUAUUACGUCAAGUACAGUUGCUACUUCUACACCUCAGAAGAUGGAUAAUACCAACACCAAACGCAAAAAUGAAGCCAGUAUUAUAGGUCAAGGGGAUGAAGAAUUUGAAGUGAAAAACCAUGAGUUACGAAAGUCCACUUCUAUGUUUAUAAAUCAUCUUUUCGACAUGAGCGAUGUAGAGCGGGUGAUAAUUUGUGAAGAGCCAUGUGUACAAGAUACUAUAAUGUCAGAUGAAAACCUACCUGGAAUCUUAAAAAAAAUUGUUGAAUCUUAUGUUGAAUCCGCUGUUGAUAUUGCUUUUGCAAGACAAAUUGAUGAAUUGGGCAAAAACGCCGAGAAAUCUUUACAAAUAUCUGAGCAUUCAAGCUAUUCCUUUUUGGAAGAUGCCUAUUUUGCAGAAAUUAAUAAGGAUUUUAUGAUUUAUGAGUAUCCGCAAAAUCAAGGGCAUAAAGAAAGCAUUAAGUGGAAAACCGAAAACAUCAAUUGUGAAGUAGAAGAGUAUUCUGAAAUUCGUUACAACGAAAGAAACGACAUUGAACCUGUUAAAAUGUAUGAAGACGCGUAUUUGACAUUAAAUCGUGACUAUGAGCAAUAUUCUGAGGAGGAAGAGCCCGUACUGCAAGAUCCCAAAUCUAUUUCAUUGCAAGAAGUUGAGUUAAUUACUACCAAUACUCCAAGCAAUGUAACACCACGACAGGACGAAAAGGCAUUGGUCGCUGUAUCUGGCGUAUCUACGUCGGGUACACGUAAGAGUAGUUUGGCACGGCGAUGUCGUAUUCAGGGUGCUAGACUUCUAUCGUGUUUGAGGGGAUGGUGGUGGCGACGCAAAUUAUUAGGCAGAAGGAAGGCAAUCACUACAGAAUUAUAUAUUUUGCAGAAAGUUCAUGCAGGUUCCAUUAGAGGGCUGUGCCCGCUAUCUCCGGACGCACGGCGACGAGCCUCGAGUCUUCUCGACCAGCGCAACCUGCGUACGCCUUCUCCGUCUAGAUCCGUUGCUUGGAAGUUUAACACGGUUAAUGAGGCACUCGUGCAUUCAUCUCGUUGGAAAGAUUUCGGCUAUAAGAUGAGCCUCAACGAAAAUGAUGAAUUU